AUGGAUGCACCGCUUACCCAGGGCAACGUGUGGCUAGUCGCUCUUGUCAUGGUCGCACUCUCGGGGGUAUAUCUGGUGGUGGGCAAGCGGCAAGGCAGCAGCUCUCUGGCCAGUCGGUUGCGCAGCUACACAAGAUCGGACCGUGGCGCACGCCAACCAUCACCAGCAUCGAAUGAAAAGCAGGCUCUUUCGACUGGGCUUUCCUCGCCAGCUAGCUACGUCGAUGCUCUUCCGCCGCAACGCCGCCAGGCGCUGGCCUCGCUCAAGCUCUCCGUUCCGUACGAAGAGAGCGACGAAGACGAAGUCAAGCAGCACAUGCUACCUAUGACGGCCGACUACAGAACCAGUCCAGCCAGAAGAUACACUCCCACGGGGUUUUCAGUCGCAGAGCUCAAAGCGCUGGGUGAUUUCCCAGACUACGCGACGCUCAGCGGCGUGCCCUUGCCCCAACCAUACCCGGAGUUCGACAUCGACAAGGCACUGCCCCGGCCCUACCGGCCCUUCCGAUGGGCGUACCACCAAACAAUGUCCCUCACCAAGAUGGAAACGGACUGGUGGAUCGAGCUCGAAAACACCUACCGCGACCGCGUGGCGCAGCGCCGGGCCCUGUACGCGAAGCACGGCAGCGGAGUGCUGGGCUACCUGCCAGGCUCCGAGCUGGCCUGCAAGGAGCUGAUGGAGAUGGUGCUGCAGUUCGUCUGCGCGCGCUAUCCGCAGUACUUCUCGCUGGAAGGCCAGCGGAUCUUCCACAACCGUAUCCUCAGGACCCAACAGGACGUCACCAGCAAACACCCGCUCGAGAUCCUGAUCGACAAUAUCCCGGAAGACUUUGGGAUCAUGCUGCGCGACGAAGCCACGGGGUUCUAUUUCCUGCGCGCCGGCGUCGUCUGCUCCUCGCUUGGGUGGAACGUGGGCACGAAGAUCGGGAUGCAGCUGCAUGAGAUCCACGAGACGAUCCCGGAUUAUAAGGAGAAGAUGCAGUUUUCCAUGGAUCGGUUCUUCACCAAGAUGCCCGCCGAUAAGCCCAUCCAACGAGGCUCCUGGGGUCUGGAGGUGGGCCAACCACUGUACAUGCCCAAGGGCAAUCCGCACGAGGUCCUGCGGCUGUCUCAGGAUCCGGGUUUGAAGUUGGAGGACUGCAAUCUCCGCGUCGACUGGCAGACGCUUCGGCGGCUUCCGCUGUCAGCGGCCGUGGUGUUCAACUUCAAGGCGCUGUUCACGCCGGUCACUGAGUUCCGCGAUGAGCCCGGGGUGCCCGCGCUCGCGGCGACUGUUUUAAAGGAGGGGAAGAAGAAUCUGAUGGAGUACAAGGGGACGUGGCAUGUGGAGCAUGUGGUCGUUCCGAACUUGGAGAGGUGGGCCAAAGAGCAGGUAGAGAGCGGUGCUGUUCCUAAGGAUUGGGAGGUGGCUACGUUGGAAGAUAGCCCGUGGUUUAGGGGUUGGGAGGAUAAGUGGCAUCGUCAGCAGGGGUUUUAG